UGAAGAGUGUGAAACGGGAGGAUGGAGGACUUGAGCGACGACACGACCGUGUUCUCCACGUUGAAGUCCUUCAAGAGCUUCAUGGCUCAGCCAGAACGCUCAGCGUCAGUGCCCACCUACGGCGCCAGUGACCUGGGCAAACUAUACACCCACCAGAUGGAGAUGGAGGAGUCUGCCAAGCGGAUCCACUCCCAUACCAGCCUGCUGCAGCUCUCUCAGGAGAAACAGCAGAUGGAGAUGAGCCACAAGAGAGCGCGUAUAGAACUGGAGAAAGCAGCGCACAGUAGCUGUAGAGACCUGCAGCAUGAGGUCGAUAAGAAUCAGGACCUUCAGACGCGGAUUCGUCGUCUGGAAGAUAGGGAGGCGGAGACUGGGCGGAGUCUGACGGAGCAGGCGGAGUCACAGCGACAGCUGAAGCUGAAGAACGAUGAACUCCAGAAACACCUGGAGGAAAAAGACAACUCACUGACACAAGCCAACCAGACGGUGACCUGUCUCAAAGAUGAGCUGAGAGAUUUGAACCAGCAGCUCCAGACCCAACACAGUCGAGUCAACACACUCAACCUGGAUAAGGACUCACUACAGGAACAACUAGACCUACAGCGCAAGAAGUUCCAGGAAGUAAGUCAGCGGCUGCAGAAUGUUCAGACUUCCCAGACGUCCAAUGAGGAUAGCCAGCUCAAGAUCAGGGUACACGCACUCACACACACACACUCACAC